ACCAGUGUGUGAUAUAUUUCAAUUGUAAAUGAGGGAAACACGUGGCAAUAAAGGUCUUCUCUGAUUGGUCGGUGAUGAGUGCGUCAUAAAUCCAAGAUGGCGCAACCCCUGGUGGAACAUGUUGUGGCAGACGCAGGAGCUUUUUUGAAGAAAGCACCUCUCCAGGACAUCGGGAAGAACAUCUACACCCUGAAAGCCGUAGUGGACGAGAUCCGAGACAAAGCCACCAGGAGAAGUUUGGCCUUCCUUCCCUACCAGCUCACAUUCCGAGAGCCGCGUCCGGAAGUGGUCAGACUGGUCACAGAGUUUUCCAAGAAGACGGGAGACUAUCCCAGCCUGUCGUCCACGGACAUCAAAGUGCUGGCUCUGACCUGGCAGCUGGAACAGGAACACGUUGGAACGCAGAACCUCAGAACCGAACCACAAGUCCAGGUCCGUGUCAGCAGCACGCAACGCCACCCGGAGACACCGGUCAACGUGGCAGGAUUCCACUUCCCCUCCAAGAAGUCCAAACACGCAUCUUCCAGAGACGCUGACACGCCAUGUGACUCGUCCAAGGACGCAUCAUGUGACUCGCUGGCUCCCUCAGAGGAGUUUAACUCCUUCCAGUUCUGGAGAGAACCUCUCCCAAACAUCGAAGCCGACCUGCUGGCUUUACUGAGCCCACCGCAGCUCGCGGAAGCAGACGACAAACAGGAAGUCCCAAACACGCCAUGGUGCGUGUCCACCUGCCAGCAGGAUGACAACUUCAACAGCUUCCUCUUCUGGAGGGAAACGCUGCCCCCUGUUGACGACCUCCUGGACUUACUGAAGGAAGAUGGCGACCAGGAAGCUGACGCAAGUUCAGAGGAGGACAAAGAAAACGAGCCCGCAGAGGAGGAUGAGGAUGAGGAUGACGACGGAGGGGGUUGGAUCACACCCAGCAACAUCGGCCAGGUGAAGAUGGACUCCUCCGAUUGGACGACAGCCACCGAGGUCAAAGUGGGAUGCCUGACCACGGACUUUGCCGUGCAGAACGUUCUCAUCCAGAUGGGCCUUCAUGUUGUGUCCGUCAACGGAAUGUUGAUCAGACAGACCAGGAAUUACAUCCUGCGAUGUCACGCCUGCUUCCAGACCACCAGCAAUAUGAGCAAAGAGUUUUGUCCCAAGUGCGGAAACAAAACGCUGAAGAAGAUCGCUGUGACGGUCAGCGAGGACGGCAGCCUGCACAUGCACUUCUCCAAAAACCCUAAAGUGCUCAACCCCCGCGGGCUCAGGCACUCGUUGCCGUUGCCUCAGGGGGGCAAACACAGCAACAAUCCCCGCCUGACGGAGGACCAGCGCUUCCCUCAGCAGCGUUUGUCGCGGAAGGCGCGCCAGAAGACCAACGUGUUUGACGAGGACUACGGCGCCGGAUCCUCGCCCUUUUCCGUGAACGACGUCUACAGUCGAGCCGCCAACCUGCACAUUCGAGACGCUCAGUGCGGGGGAGGCCGACGCCGUGUCAACCCCAACUGUGCCCGCAGGAAGUUUGUCAAGAAGUAACUACUUGCCACCCCCCCCCCCAAAAAAAAGUCAUAACUAUGGAGGAGGAAUAAAGAAGUCAUUCAUGAUUUAUUGAAGACUUGACUGUCAUCCCUCCUUUAUCACAGUUAAUUGGUUCCACACCCGACCAUGAUAAGUGAAUUAAGUAUAUAAUAUAUUUGGAGCAUUGAAACCUGUUAAAUAUACCUUCUAAAUCUAACAUUCUUAGAGCCUUAGAGUCUACACAUAACACCCCUAUAAUCACCUUUAUACCUGUAUUGCUAUAAAUAUGUUCCGCUGUUGGACAGGAAGUGAUGUCUGGAGUUCAGCGAGUUGACUUUUACUUUGUUGUAGGUCACGGCGACAAUAGUAGCACGUUGGAAUUAUUGUGAGAGAAUUCAAACCUGCAAUAAAUGCCUGUUGUUCCGGUGCUUGGGUCUUGCCCAACAUUAAUAAUUCAUAAUGACCAGUGUAGAAUACCACGUGUUAGCAGCAGACAUCUACAUUGUAGAUUUAGCCAUUUGAAAAUGCUACAUUUAUGCAAAGUACACACAAAAUAUAUAACAGACUGUAUUUCAUUAUGAAACUGCAUGUUUUAUU